AUGGCCGACUACUUUAGCGCUGACCCUCGUUACCCAGCUGAGAUUUUUCGUCGGCGUUUCAGAAUGUCGCGACCGCUCUUUACCCAUAUAGCGACGACAUUGGCGGACCGAUACGAUUGCUUCACGCUCCGGAGUGAUUGCACUGGCCGGAUCGGACUGUCUACUUUGCAGAAAUGCACCUCUGCAAUUAGGCAGCUUGCCUAUGCAAGACCGGCUGAUAUGUUCGACGAAUACCUACAGAUGGGUGAGACGACUAGUCUAAAUGUGCUCCGGCAGUUUUGUAAGGGCAUUCGGGAAGUCUUUGAUCCGGAGUUCCUACGAAAGCCAACCCCUGAUGAGUGCUAG